CGUCUCUAUGGUGACGAGGCCGCCGAGCCGGAAGUGGGGACCGGGGAGACAAGAGGAGCCCUCGGCUCCCGGCCGGGUUCCCUGCAGGAAAGGAGAUGGAGAUGAAAAGGCUCAGCCUCUCCCUGGUGCUGGUCCUCUUCCUCGUCCUGGCCUUGCAAAUCUUGUCAGCCGUCGAUUUUGACCCGUAUCGGAUCCUGGGCGUCAGCAGGACUGCGAGCCAGGUGGAUAUUAAAAAAGCCUACAAGAGACUCGCCCGGGAAUGGCAUCCGGACAAGAAUAGAGACCCAGGAGCGGAAGACAAGUUUAUACAAAUCAGCAAAGCCUACGAGAUCCUGUCCAACGAGGAGAAACGGUUGAAUUUUGACCGCUAUGGCGAUGUGGGCGAGAACCAGGGCUUCCCGCACCAGCAGCAACAGGCGCCGCACCGCCACGCGCACCCCUUCCACGAGAGCUUCUACUUUGACGAGUCCUUCUUCCACUUCCCCUUCAACUCGGAGCGCCACCAGGACUCCACCGACGAGAAGUACCUGCUGCACUUCUCCCACUACGUCAACGAGGUGGUUCCCGAGAGCUUCCGGAAGCCUUACCUGAUCAAGAUCACCUCCGACUGGUGCUUCAGCUGUGUCCACAUCGAGCCGGUCUGGAAGGAGGUGGUGCAGGAGUUGGAGGCGCUGGGCGUGGGGAUCGGCGUCAUCCAUGCGGGCUACGAGCGGCGCCUGGCCCAGCACCUGGGAGCACACAGCACCCCCUCCAUCCUGGGCCUGAUCAACGGGAAGGUCACCUUCUUUCACAACGCGGUCGUCCGGGAGAACCUCCGUCAGUUUGUGGAGAGCCUGCUCCCUGGGGCCCUGGUGGAGAAGAUUACAGACAAGAACUACGUCCGGUUCCUGUCCAGCUGGAAGAAGGAAAACAAGCCUCACGUCCUGCUCUUCGACCACACGCCCCUGGCGCCCCUCCUCUACAAGCUGGCGGCCUUUGCGUACCGAGACUACCUCUCCUUCGGCUACGUCUACGUGGGGCUCCAGGGCACCGAGGAGCUUUCCCGGCAGUACAACAUCAACGUCUACACGCCCACCAUGAUGGUCUUCAAGGAGCAGGUGGAGAAGCCGGCCGACGUCAUCCAGGCCCGGCACAUGAGGAAGCAGCUGAUCGAUGACUUCCUGUCCCAGAACAAAUUCCUCCUGGCCUCCCGCCUGACCAGCCAGAAGCUCUUCCGGGAAUUGUGCCCUGUGAAAAAAUCCCACAGGCAGCACAAGUACUGCGUGGUCCUGGCCAUGGGCAAGGGGGAGAAGUACGUGGAGGGCUACGAGGCCUUCCUGGCCUUCGCCGUGGCCAACACGAAGGAGACCCUGCGGUUUGCCCACAUCUACGGCGACUACCAGCCGGACUUCGUCCGCACUCUGCUCCCGGGGGUCGCCUGGUCCCAGGCCAAGUCGGCUGUGCUGAUCCUCGAGAGACGCACCAAUGCCGGGCAGGUGGUGUACAGGGCCCUGGAGGAUCCCUGGACGGGCACUGAGGAGGACGCCUUCACCCUGCUGGACUUCCUGGACCAGCUGAGGAUGGACGCCUCCUUCCUCUCCGCCCAGGCUGUCCUGGCGGACCUGACGGACGAGCUGGCGCCUGUUUUCUUCCUCCGGUGGGCCUACUCUGCCGUGGACUACGCCGUGGACUGCUGGGAGAGCCUCUUCCGCAGCAACUGGCGGGAGAUGAUGCCUUUGCUGUCCCUCAUCUUCUCGGCACUUUUCAUCCUCUUUGGGACGGUGAUCGUGCAGGCGUUCAGCGAUUCGAGUGACGAGAGGGACCUGCCCCCCUCCAAGAAGGAGGACCCUCCCCCCAAGAGCGAGAAGAACGAGACGAGCUUCCCCAAGGAAGACAGGAUCCCCAAGAAGUACUCGGUGAAAGUGACGGAGCUGACGGACCUCACGUACACGAGCAACCUGGUGCGGCUGAGGCCUGGCCACAUCAACGUGGUCCUCAUCCUCUCCAACGCCACCAAGACCCCUCUGCUGCAGAGGUUCGCUCAGGAGGUCUUCACCUUCACGGGAAGCAGCUGCCUCCACUUCUCCUUCCUGAGCCUGGACAAGCACCGGGAGUGGCUGGAGUGCGUGCUGGAGUUUGCGCAGGAUGCGGCCCCCAUCCCCAACCAGUACGACAAGCACUUCCUGGAGCGCGACUACGCUGGCUACGUCCUGGCCCUCAACGGCCACAGGAAGUACUUCUGCCUCUUCCGGCCCCCGCAGCCCGAGGAGGGUCCCUGCGAGGACGAGGCAGCCGACCCCGCAGAGGCGUGGGGCAGGCCCUCUUCCUCGGGCAGCCUGCGGGGCGUGAAGAGCAAGCUGCAGCGGCUGUCCUUCUGGAUGGAGCGGCUGCUGGAGGGGUCCCUGCAGAGAUUUUACAUCCCCUCUUGGCCUGCCCUGGACUGAACCCCCAUUAAAGUCCCCCCGUCCCCCCCGAAUGGCCGAGAGGUGGCUGCGUUACUGCAGGCUUGGAAGGAGGAGCCCCUGGAGCCCCUCGGGCAUCCGACAGACUGUAGCGUUUAGAUGACCUCUCCUAGGCCCGGUGAGUUAGAAACUGCACUGACUGCUCCCCCCCCGCCCCCCCGGGUUCCAAAUACUCCGGACUGCCUCAGGGGAGCCCGGCUGGGGGGGGGGGCUUUCCCCCCCCCCCCCCCCCCCCCCCCCCCGCCCGCUUCCCCAGCCUUCGAAGGGUCUGCAGGAGCCGCUGCCGCCGCUGCUGCCGCUGCCAGAUCUCCUGACGGACGGACUCUCUUAUGGCCACUGCUCCUUCGAAGAUGGGCUCACUUGCCUGCCCCCCCCCCCUGCCACUUCUGGCUGGCGUGUCUUCCCUGGUGGGAGGGGCUCCCCUUGAUCGUUUAACAGGACAGGCAGUCUAAGUUGGGGGCAGGGAGGGGGGGGUGUUUGCCAUCUCACCCCUCCAGUCUGGGGAAGCUGAGCCUGGCCAGGGCCCACGCAGGUCCAGGAGCCGCCGCUUCCCUCCUCCCGCCUGGGGCUGUCCGGGUCAGGAUGUCUAAUCCAGAGCCAUAAGCCGGCUGCUCUGCGCCCCCCCCCCCCCCCCCCCCCCCCCCCCGUCCACCUGGUGCCAGCCGGGCAGGAAGACUGGGGUCCCCUCCGCCCAGCUCUCCCUGGCUGAAGCCAGCCCCGUUUCGGUUGCCUUUGUUUACAAUGUUGUGCAGCUGCCUCUUUGCCCCUCGGGUUAGGGUUAGGGGGGGCAGCGUCCGUGUCUCUUUCGGGCAGGGGGCUGUUUGGGGUCCUUUGAGCCGAUCUGCGUGUCCAGAUCCUGCCUGGAUCAGGUAUGGGGGGGUGGGGGGGAGGCGAUAGGCAGCAGCUUCUCCUCCCCUUCAACUCCUGGUGAAUGGUAGGGAACUCUGCCCCCUCCUUGAGGUGCUGGCUUUCUCCAUGCGGGGAGGCCUUUCGGUACUAUUGGGAAAUACAAUCCCCCCCACCCCACCCCACCCCACAGGCCGGUGCAGAGGUGUCUGCAGGGGUUCUUUACGGUGGGGGAAUAGAGGAACGAGGGGGGGGGGGGCUUUUGUUUUGUGCUCCCUAGCAUGCCUCCUCUGGG